AUUGUGUCGACUACCACCACCACCAUAUCAACAAUCCCUCUGCCGCUCCCUCUCUCUCCAUCGUGCCGCUGCCGCCCAACCUCCUCUCCAACGACGGCUUCACACAGCUCAAUUCCUGCGAUCCCGAGGAAUAACCAUUUCCCCCCCGCGAAUCCUCGAUUACGUUAGCGAUACCCCGGAGCCUUAGCCCACUAUGUCGGUCAAGUUCGAGAAAGACACGAUAAAGAAGGGUGUCGAGGAGGUCAAGAAGGGCCUCAUUGGGGACCCUCUGCCCGGCACCAGCGGCAAGCACCCCAUCUCCGAGGCCAUCGGCACCGCCAUCACCGGCGGUAAGAAGAAUGCCGGAUCCAAGGGCUACCUCGCGGCCUACAUCAAGGAGCUCGAGCAGAACCCUCUACGCACCAAGAUGCUCACUGCCGGUACCCUCGCUGGUGCUCAAGAGCUGAUCGCGUCCUUCCUCGCCAAGGACCGCAACAAGCAUGGCAACUACUUCACCUCACGCGUGCCCAAGAUGGCCGCCUACGGCGCCCUCGUCAGCGCCCCUCUCGGCCACUUCCUUAUCUGGGCCCUGCAGAAGACCUUUGCCGGCCGCACCAGCUUGCGCGCCAAGAUCUUGCAGAUUAUCGUCAGCAACUUGAUUAUUGCGCCCAUCCAGAACUCCGUCUACCUUACCGCCAUGGCCCUCAUUGCCGGCGCCAAGACAUACCACCAGGUCCGCGCGACUGUUAAGGUUGGGUUCUGGAAGGUCAUGAAGGUCAGCUGGAUCACCUCCCCGCUGUGCCUGGCCUUUGCCCAGAAGUUCCUGCCUGACCAACUCUGGGUUCCCUUCUUCAACUUGGUUGCCUUCAUUGUCGGCACCUAUAUCAACACCAUCACCAAGAAGAAGCGUCUUGCCGCUCUGCGCAAGAAGCACUUCGGUGAUGGCCGUUCCCCUUCCAUGGGAGGUCGUCCUGAGGACUACCCGGGCCCCAAGGACUACCCUGGCCCGAUGGGAGGUCCCAACCCCCCUUACUAAACGACUCUGCUAUGGUUGAGAUGGUUGAGAUGACGUCGAUAUAACGCCCACUUGAUGAGAAAUCUGGUAACAUCUAAUACGAAAACGAGCCCAGCCCUUCCGGGCGGGUUUCUGGAGUUGAGGGGCGUGAGGGGCAGUGUGAGGAUACGCGAGCUGGGAGCAAGCGGCUUGGAUGGACUGCAAUCAACUGUCGAGCGUCCUUGUACAAUUUGCUUGCUUCAUAUGUUGCUAUCAUAUUAUAUGUCCCGUGUCGGUAAAUAGGUUCAAAUGCGCUUGGAUUAAGGUUCGACAUGCUUGGUAUUAUCUAAACGUUCUUCGAUUGAAUUCGAUUGAAGCGGCGUUGAUGCUCUCUAUUCUAUUUGUAUAGCGCUGUAUUGCCGUGUCCCUUUCUAUGAGGGUUUCCACCCGCCUCACGUCGGAGAAUAUCAUUGCGUUGAUGCGCAAGUCUGCAUUGCGUCUUACACCGACGUCCCCCCGCCAAUCUAUCAUCGGCUCGGUUUUUCUCGCGGACGUUUGUGUUAGUGCCUCGGCUCGGCAAACGGACAUUGUCCCUUGGCCGCUAACAGCUGGUUCUGAGCUGGAUGGACAUGAUCGGCGUCCGCCAACACGGCAGCAUGUCGCAUGUUUGUGAUGAGUUUGCGUCUUGAGCUGGCUCCC